AGGAAAUGUUAAAUGAUAGUAAUGAAAUAACAGAUGGAAGAUGUACUAUUGCAGAUACUUUGUUUGGCAUCAAAGAAGGAAAUGUUCGAGUUGUUAUCAAAAUUCCCGUUAAUAGUGAGUCAUAAUAAAUAUAGUCAACGUGAUAUAGCGUAAUUUUUUUCGUCUUCUGUUAUAUUCGCCAAAUGGUAUGUGAGUCGUAAUAGAUUUAAUCAACGCGAGAGAACACAACCUGUCUUGAUUUUUGAUAGUCGCUGUUGCCUCAUUUUUGCUAUAUAUAUUUGUGUCACAUCUGUUCCGAAUAUUCCAAACUUUCUCGCUGUCUAACAAUAAUGUUAAAUUCUUUUGCAGAUAAUAUUUCUAAUCUGAAGAGAGAAUUUCAGAGUGUCGUUAGAGAAGAAUUAUCUGGUGUUAAAGAAGAUGUAGGUAGUCUUAAAAAUGAAUUAAAGAAGGUUCGACUUCAAAGUGAAGAAAUGUGGUUUAGUGCUCCAGCUACUGUCACGGAAACUGAUAAGGGUAUUUUUGUGAGAAGUAUUUGUCAAGACAUAUCCUUCCCAUUUACAUUAACCAAUACUACCCAAAGAAGAAUACUUGGAAAGUUUCGAAAUCCGCCUAAUGAAAACGCCCCAGAAAAAAAGUUACAAGAAUUUUUUAUGCGCCAAUGCACGGCAUUAGGAUCAUUAGAUAGUACAAAACUUAUGGUCCAUGACACACAUUCUACACCAUUGUUGAAUACUCGUAAACCAGAUUUUGUACUUAUUCCAAAAGAAUGGCCUCUAGAUUCGUUGAAUGUUGUAGCCGUUGGUGAGAUAAGGAAACAAUCCGGCAACGGAUUUAGUAAUGCAGACGUGGGACAUGCAAUAUCGUUUGGAGAAAAAGUACUCCAAAUUCAGCCACGCCGAUCCUUUGUAUAUGUAUUGUUAACAGAUUGCAUUGAUAUUUGUAUGUUUAAGGUGACUAAAGCAAAUGAAGCGAAAGGCCAAUUUCGUUUUUCGUAUGGUAGAAUAUCACUCCAAACAUUAACGUUCAAUACAACGAAUAAUCCUCCAACUGGGUGGAAACACCUAGUAACGAUUAUGGAAUGUACUCAUGAUGAUCUUGGAUGGGUCGAUCCAUCGUUGAACUUUGGUACAAAUACUGUAAAUCUGGUUCGAUCAAUAAAUACAGGAAGAACCAGCGUCGUUUAUGAAGGAAAGGAUAACGAUAACAAUCGUGUGGUCGUAAAAAUUGCAAAGGAACCCAUAUAUUUGUCUUGUUUUAAAACAGAAAAAAAUGGUUUAAACAAGCUUUCAACAAAAAAUUCACCUCAUCUUCAGAAACUCCUUCAUGGCAGUGAGAACAACCUUGUUACAACUCCUCUUUGUUCUAAAGUUAAUCAUCUGCAAAAAAAGGACAUCGGAGAUAUUAUCAAAACUCUGAAGAUGGUGCAUUUAUAUUAUAAUCGUGUACAUAUGGACCUUCGUAAAUAUAAUUUUCUACGUGAUGAUGAUGGACAUAUUGUGAUCAUUGAUUGGGGGUAUAGUGUAACAAAAGAUAAAACUGGGAGUUUUGCGGGAGCACUCGAAGUUAUGCCUGACUAUAUCUUGGAAUCAUUGAUCAAAGGGGAGCAAAUUACGUAUUCACCAAGAAUUGACUUAAUAUGUUGUGUGAGGACAUUUUACUUGAUGUUUCAUAAGCCAACAAAUGCAGAUAUAAAGAGGAUCUCCUUUAAUGGUGCUUUUGACACCAAAUCUAAGGCUCAAAAGUUAUUGAACUUUUGGUCAAAUCAUGUGAAAACCAAUUUGUGGAAAAAUCUUUAUAAACAAGCAUAUGACUUGAAUACGAAGAAUUAAUCGAAGGGCUUGAAGAGUUAUUUUGACUUACAUCAUUGGUUUAGAUGCACUAUGUUCGAUACAGCUAUUAAGAAAUCUGAUUUACAUUAUCAAAAAAAAAAUAUAGCUUAAUUAGUAAAUAGUUUCGUCUAAGAAUAUAAAAGUCUUAUCGAAUAUUUUAUCACCAUAAAUCCAAGCUUCACAACAUUCAAGAGUUGUGUCCUAUGGAGUGGUAAGCGAAAAAUAAGAUUUUUCUUUUGAAUUAAUGUACUUCAAUAUUAAAAGAGCUAUGUAGAAGUGGAAUUGUUGAAGCGGAAAAGUUAAAUAUAACUAAUAAGAUGGCAAAUAGGUUAAUUUUAGAUAGGUAGAAUAGGUUAUUUUUAGAUUAAAAAGUAUCAUCGUAUAUGGCACAGCAAACACCUUGUAAUUUUUUUUUCGAUUGUAUCCUUAAAUAAAAU